CUGGUACAAGGUGCAUUUGACAGUCUGCAAUCCUAAAUACUGAUCAUACAGAUUUUGUCAUACACGUGACGAUGAAGACACUGGCAUUGCUCUCACUGAGCUUAGCAGUGGCUCUGGGAAUGCCACCAUUUGCUCCAGGGGUAGAACAAAAACCUGUUUUGAAUAAAGAAGAGCAGAGCCCUCUGCUGGGGGACUUGGUGCCUGAGCAGGGCCAUGUGGUGGUGGAAGAUCCUCUGCCACAAGUCAGGCUAGGCUCCAAGGAGCAGCAGGAAAAAUUGGCCCCGGUGCCAGCUGACAUGGAGCAGAGCCUGAAUAUGGUGGAACUAGAGGUUAAAGUAAAGCCAGAUUUCAAAGCAGAGCCAGAGGUUAAGGUGGAGCAAGAGGGUAAAGAACACACAGAGGAUAAGGUGGAGGAAGAGCUAGAAGCAGAGACCGAAGUUAAGGAGGAGCCAGAUGUUAAGAUGGAGCACGAUGUUAAAGGGGAUUUAGAGGUUAACCCAGAAAUAAAUCUGAAUCCAGAAGUUAUGGCUAAACUAGAGGUUAAGGUGGAGUCGGACAGUAAAGAAAACACAGAUGUUAAGGUUGAGCAGGAGCUAAAAGCAGAGCCAGAAGUUCAGGAGGAGUCAGAUGUUAAGGUGGAUUUAGAGGCUAAUGUGGACCCAGAAAUAAAUCUGAAUCCAGAAGUUAUGGCUGAAUUAGAGGUCAAGGUUGAGCCAGAGGUUGAGGUGGAGCCAGAGCUCAAAGAUGACCCAGACUUUAAGGUGGAAUCAGAGGUUAAGGUGGACCCAGAUGAGGCAACAGAGCCUGAAGAAAGGCCCCUGUUUAAUGAGGAAGAGGUUCAAGAGGAGUUUCAGGUGCAAAUGAGCCUUGAGCCAGAGUCUGAAACAGGCCGGGAGUUUGAAGAGAGGCACAUUGACACAGAGGGAAAAUAUGAAAUGGUGGGCGAGCCGAUCAUGGAGUUGGAGCCACUGGAUGACAACAACAUGUUUGAAGAGGAACUGGGCAAUACGGAGCUGUCAGAGGUGGAAAUGUCUAUGAGGGCAGCAGUUCAGAAUCAGUAUCAACCCCUGCCAGAGGAGGAGGUUAUGGGUGAGCAGGAGUAUAUUUUAAAUGGAGAACCAAUCAUGGAACUGGAGCCUGAGGCGGGGGAAGACUCCUUUUUACAUCAACAGGUCAUGCAAGAUGCCACUGUAAUGGAAGAAGGGCCAGCACUGGACAUUAUGGGGCGGCGGAUGCGAUCUGUAGAGGAGUAUUUUCCAAAUGAAGAGGCUAGGAUGGGGAUGGAGCCUGGCAAACUGCAAGACUAUUUGAUGAUGGAGGAACCAGAAACUUUCAGGGAGGAGCGGUUCUCUCCAGUCCUGGACGACAACCAUGUGCUUGAUGGAGAUGCACAAAUUGAUGUAGCGCCUGUAAGAGAAAAAAUGGAUUUGACAAGGCAGGGAGUUAAAAACCCUGAAGAAGAAACAUUAUCAGCCACAGGGCCGAGCUGUUAUCCUGGUGUGGUACUUGAGAGGAAGUGUUACCAGUUCUUCCAGGGGCCAAAGAGGGCUGCAGAUGCCCAGUUAUUCUGCCAGGAACAUUUCCCUGGUGGCCACCUGGCUUCCAUCACAAGCCCACACAUCCACAGAGAGGUGAUGAAGAUGAUGCUGCGGCAAAACGGGGAAUAUAUACGCACCUGGAUUGGAGGAUUACGAUACUUGGAUACGGGUCGCUUUGUCUGGUUGGAUGGAUCCCACUGGAGCUAUGCUGAUUGGCUGUCAGGGGAGCCCAACAACACAGCAGCUGUGGAGAACUGUGUGGAAGUGCUGGGGAAUGGAAAGUUUAACGACUUCACAUGCUGGGAACCUCAGGCUUUCAUCUGCUCCCAUCCUUAUUAGUGAAUGUACAGUGAGCUCUUUUCCCAUAUGCUUCUUUGUCUGAUUUGAUGUUGGAUGAAGAGUUUGUUGCUUUUUUCUUCAGCUGUACAGUAAAUCAUAUCUUGCAAAGCAAAUGGAUCAGCGGCACACAAUGACUUAAAGCUUCUGAAAACUUAUUUCCUCACUCAGCAAUUAUUGACUAAUUGGAUCCUACAUUAACACAAUGUUUUCUACCUAAAUUAGGACUGCUAUAGUUAUUUCACAUUGCGAUUUCUGUAGAAUUUUUCUCUGUGCUCAUCUCACUGGUAUCCCCCAUCUUGACAACCCGCACAGUUGUGAAUAUUUCAUAACAUACAAGUUUAAAUGAGAUUAAGGCUUAAAGUUAUACAUAAUUAAAGACAUGGCUGCUUUGAGUGACAGAUGGGUGCCCUCUCAAGUGGCUAGCUGCUAGGUGGUUCAGCAACAAGGCUUCAGUGGCCCGUCUCAGCUCUACCAUUUGCCAAUUUUUGGAUUAGCCAGAGUCAGGCACUGUCAAGAUGGCCUACAUUGAGCUUCACAAUGGCUUUUCAGAAACCAGUGGGUGACGUCACAGACACUAAGUCUGUGUUUUUUACAGUCUAUGGUCAGAAUCUGAUUGACAGUUAGUGGUUUUGUUUCCAAAUCUGAACAAACCACAUCCACACAGCUGGGUUUAUGAGUGUUAAAAUCUUUAUAAAUAACACAGAGAGAUAUUUUUUUACUUUUAUGUUGCUUAUUUAGUCAUGAAUAUUAACGUUAUGGAGAAAUACUUGAGAUUUGAAGCUGAGUGUUCAGGGGCCUUAAAAGAGAAGAACACAAUUCAUGUAGUACUGGGACUCCUAAGCAUCUUUUAUAUUAUAUUCUAAUGUGGUUGUAUUUGUUUCUGAUAACAAGGUAAUGUCCUGUAAAUAAAAAAAACAUGACAUUUUGGACUUUA